AUGACCUUCAUAUUGAUCUCAGUAGCAGUAGCUACUCUAAUUGUCAUUAUUUACGCUAUUUAUUAUGCUCUGCGGCCUUGCAAUCGUAUUCGAAAACUUGGCGAUCUGGGACUUCUUCUCGGUGAUCCUGAGGUAUGUUCUCGUUGA